AUGGCGCACAAUGCGGUGGAACACAUGAACAUCAGCAUUCAUGAAUCUGAGGGACCUUCAAAAGAGAAGGACGCAGUGCUAUCGGAUCAUUCAGACAAUGAUAGUCGAUUCGAUCAAGCGCUUAAUUUCCUCAAGCAACACAAGAAUGAGGCAGCGGUUUCUCUAUCUAGACAAGCCUCCUUCACUCGUGGUUUGAGGAGACGAAUUGACACUCGUGUCAUCCCCUUCCUGUGUUGCUGUUACACACUGAAUUUCCUCGACAAGGUUCUCUUGAAUUAUGCGAACAUCAUGGGAAUGCCCAAGCAAAUCAACCUUGUGGGCAAUGAUUUCUCGCACGCUUACGCCGAUUUCUGGAUAGCCUCUCUCGUAUUCUCGUUGCCUAACGUGUGGCUGUUGAACAGACUGCCCGUCGCGAAGUUCCUGGGCUGCUGUCUCAUCGGUUGGGGCAUCUGCAACGCCUGCCAUGCCGCCCUUGAGAACUACGCUGGUCUGGUUGCUUUGCGCGUGUUGAGCGGUGCAUUCGAGUCCGGGAUCCUCCCGGCGUUGAUACUCAUCGCCAGCCAGUAUUUCACGUAUGAGGAGCAGGCAACACGCUUCUCGUUCUGGUACAUUGGAAUGGGAUUUGGCCAGAUAUUCGGCGGCCUGAUUUCAUUCGGCUUUCAGCAUGUGUCGCCUGACGCAGCCCUUAGUAGCUGGAAGACGAUGUUCCUCGUGCUGGGUCUUGUAACGAUCGCCUUUGGUGUCGUUGUCAUUUUUAUGGUCCCAGACACGCCAAUGACCGCCAGGUUCUUGAAUAAUGAUGACAAGGUUGCGCUGCUAGAGCACAUCAAGGUCAACCAGACCGGUAUCGAAAAUAAACAUUUCCACCCUGGACAGCUUCUGGAGGGUUUGCUCGACAUCGGCUGCUGGCUCCUGCUCAUCAACGUGGUGCUGCAACUCUGCGGCUCUGGGGUCGUUACGGCAUACUCGGCAACGAUUUUGAAGUCUUUUGACUACUCGUCCAAGGAUGCUGCACUUCUCAACAUGCCAUGUGGUGCGGUCAACAUGAUCGCAACGCUGAGCAAUGCCACUUUUGUGCGUUAUUAUGGGCGUCGUUGGCUCGUCGUCACCAUCGACGCGGUAAUUGGCACCAUUGGCGCAGGCCUCCUUUGCUUUCUCCCUCACUCAAACAAAGGUGGUCUGCUUCUUGGCGUGUACUUGAUUAAUGUACUUCCAGGGGCAACCAUCAUAGUUUUCCAGUGGCUAUCGUGCAACGUCGCCGGACACACCAAGCGUGCAUACGCAUCGGCCGCUGCGAAUGCCGCCUUUGCCAUUGGGAAUAUCAUUGGGCCAGAGACAUUCAGAGCCAACGAGGCCCCCGGAUUUAGGAGCGCCAAGCUCACUUUGGUUAUCGCUUGGGCUCUGCUGGUUGCAAUUUCCCCUUUGGCCGGGGGCUAUUACGCGCUGAAGAACAGGUCAAGGGAACAGAAGGUCGAUCAUGUUGAUGACGUGUCGGAUAAACAGGCUUACGCCGGAUUGACUGACAAGGAGAACUUGGCAUUCCGGUAUCACUUGUAA